CCUCCGUCAGUAGACGCGACGCCGCGCCGGCUCACGGUAUAACUGCACAGUGGUCAAAGCGCCCGCCUGCGGUACUCAGCUCUCAGCAUGGACGCCAGGGCGGGACUCGAGUGCACGGUGGAAGCCGGAGCUGCCAGCACCGAAGCACAGUGCGCGCUGGACGAGAGGACAGCCGUCGCAGUGGACGUAUCUCAGUGUACAGUGGCUGGGACAGCCAUCCCACCGGACUCUACCGCGAGAGUGAAAGAUGGAGCUGUCAUUGCGGACCCUAGCACAGGGAUGCUGCUACCACUGUCCACGACUCGCACGCUGUCGUAUCUGCCCGAGCGGCCGCCGGUGGACAUCGAGUUCCAGGAUCUCUCCUACUCCGUCCCCAUCAGCAGAAAAGGGAACAAGAAGAUCCUGCGCUCAGUAAGCGGCCUGUUCCGGUCUGGGCAGCUGACUGCCAUCUUGGGGCCGUCGGGUGCCGGCAAGAGCACCCUGCUCAACAUCCUGGCGGGCUACAGGUGUUCUGAGGUGACGGGAUCCAUCCUGACGAAUGGGUCACCACGCAACCUGCGCCAGUUCCGCAAGAUGUCGCGCUACAUCAUGCAGGAGGACCUAGUGCAGCCUCACCUCACCGUGUUGGAGGCCAUGCUUAUCGCUGCUGACCUGAAGCUGGGCAACCACCUCACCAGGAGCCAGAAGCGCACAGCCGUUGAGGAGAUCCUUGAUAUGCUUCGUCUCAGUAGAGCAAAGGCUACACAGACACUACAACUGUCUGGAGGGGAGAGGAAGAGACUGUCAAUAGCACUGGAACUCAUUAACAACCCACCAGUUAUAUUCCUGGAUGAACCUACAACAGGACUCGAUGACUUGUCCAGCUCUCAGUGCAUUCUUCUUCUAAAGAUGCUUGCCCAGGGAGGACGUACUGUGAUCUGCUCAGUGCACACACCAAGCGCACGUCUUUUUGAACUUUUUGAUCAUGUGUAUGUAGUAGCACAAGGUCAGUGUGUUUACCAGGGAGCUGGAUUUGACAUUGUACCAUUUAUGGCAUCAGUUGGACUUAACUGCCCGAUACAUUAUAAUCCAUCAGAUUUUGUUAUUGAGGUAUCAAGUGGAGAAUAUGGAGAACAACAUAUUGAUAAAAUGGUAGCUGCUAUUGACAAUGGCCGUUGUUAUAAAUGGAAAAAAUUAGAAAAUGGGACCCAGACUGUAAACAACAAUGAUACAGAACAUUCAUCUACAACACCUCUACAAACUUCAAAGAAUCAGUACAGUUUUGCAAGUUCCGGUUGGGCACAGUUUCGCAUCUUAACAUACAGGAUGUUGCUGCAGACAUGGAGAAAUUCUACUUACCUGAAAAUAAAGAUUGUGAUGUACCUGUUUGUUGCUGGAAUAAUUAGUGGGCUCUUUUACAAUUUUGGUAAAGAUGGUUCUAAGACGAUAUUCAACUUUGGAUUUUGCUACACAUGCAUUAUUGUUUUUCUGUACAUACCAAUGAUGCCUGUACUACUAGACUUUCCAGGGGAAGUUCAGUUGUUGAAACGUGAAUACUUCAAUCGUUGGUAUGGGCUUAAUGCGUACUUCUUUGCAUUAACUGUAUCAAAAAUACCACUUCAGGUGGCCCUCGGACUAACAUAUGUAUGGCUGGUAUAUGUACUGACUGACCAGCCACUGGAAGUUCACCGGUGCGCAAUAUUCAUCACCAUUUGUCUUCUGAUUGGAUUUGUCUCAGAGAGCUUUGGUCUUCUAGUUUCCUCAACUCUUAGCAUAGUGAAUGGCAUGUUUGUUGCCCCUUCGAUGUCAGUUCCUUUCAUGCUGUUAGCAGUCCAUGGUCUUGGAACACCUAAUGCACAUGUACCAUUCUUCAUGAAGAUUGCAAUGUACUUUAGUUACCUGAGGUAUGGUUUGGAGGGAUUGACACUGGCAAUCUACGGCUUUGGACGGAAAAGACUGCACUGUCCAGAUCAUAAAACAUAUUGUGAACUAAGUGACCCAAGGGAACUACUACGUCAAACUGGAAUGGAGAAUGCAAAUAUCUGGGUUGAUAUUGCUGGUCUGGUUGCAUUUAUCAUCAUCUUCAGGACUGCAUGCUAUUUUCUGUUGCGGUGGAGGCUUUCUUCCUACAAAUCAUUUGCUGCACUCAGGCUAGUGAAACGAUUUGUGAAAACACACAUUAAUUUCCAAUACAGGUGAACUUUUUAUUGAGAAUAUUGUGAUAACUAUGGCAGUCUUUGUUAGUGAAACAGAAAGAGGUCCAUUUUUAAUGGCACACUAUUCUGGCACUCACAAUAGGGAAGAGAUGAGAUUUGAACUGUGUUUUAAAGAAUAUGCAGAAGUCAUAUAUAUUAAAAAAUCAUUAAUAAUGAACACAGAUCUGAUAAAUCAAUUAUGACUUCUUUUACAUCUUUGAAAUCUUUUGUUAAAAAAGAAAAAGGAAUAGAAUAUUGAGCAGAUGAAAGUAAUCUCUUUGAGGUAUGUAAAUGUAUCCUUACAUUUCAUGUUUAGCAUAUCACAAAUAAAGUUUCAAAUUAUUUCUGCAGGGACGGAUAGCUGAUGAGACAAUGAACUAAAAGUGUGGUAUGGAUGCAUUUACACAAUGCAUCUUGAACAAUAAUAGUUAUAAAUACAUUGCUCUCAAGACUCUUGUUAUUUCACCAAAGAUAAAAUGGUUUGUUGUUCUUCCUCUAAUGUAUAUAAUUUACAUUUAUGAGAAAAGGAAAUACAUGCAGUAUGUACAGCUUUUA